GGUCCUAGCAACAAAUGAUACCAGCCAGCCAGCCGUUGAGCUUGCGAACAACGGACCAACAUAAAAGCAUACUUGUGGCAGGCAACAGUUCAUUCAACAAUUUGCCACGAUUCAAGAAACACCAUCAAGAGACUUUCGGAUCGGAGAGCGAGAACAAGCAGUUAAUCCUGCUUCUCUCUGCACCUACACACAAAUAAACCAUACGAAAUCGAUCAAAAUUUCAUUUUUCAACGAGUGGAUUAAAAAAAAAAACAAUUUCAACAGGUUUUCGAAUUAAAAUAGCAAACUCCUGUUUGAAUUUUGAACCGCAUCUAGUUUUCGAUCGCAUCGCAUUUUCAUUGCAAAUAUUGAAACGGGUGUUAAUUGUCGAAUUUUUUGCAACUCAUCAAUUCAGUGGAAUACGUUCAGAUUAUAAAACCAAAAAAGGUUCGGUGCAAAAUCACACGUUGUGAUACUAAAGGACGUGCAAUCAAAAAAAAAAAAAAAUUUGGACUUUGGACAAUUUCAACGGAUUUAUAUCGGACGGAACAGCAAGCUGCUACGGGUUCAAAAGUCAACGUAGAUAAGAUACGGUCAAAAUGGUAUUCGUCAAUUCAGUAGGCUUCGUCGCUAUUACAGUGAUUUUAUGUACAACUAUGUGCAAUGGAAAAAACAUGUACGAUGACAUCGACACGAGUGGGCCAGAAGGUUUAGUGGAAGUAAAGCGUCCCGCCUUCUACGCAGGCAGUCGAUACGGUCGUUCGAAUGGUGGACAAUCGGCCAGUUUACGCAUCACACCGCGACGUGAUUUCCACUUUUUGCGAUAUGGCAAACGAUCUGAUCAUGAUGACAACAUCUCACCACCCAUCCAGUGCUAUGAACCGAUUCGAGAUUACGUACUGACAUGUUCCUUCACGGGCGUUCGGGAUUUUUAUCGAUGCUGGAAAGGGCAAGAGAAUAAGUUCGAUGCAGUCGAUCAGAUUACGUUAAACGCUGAGGAUAAAACCAAUCAACAGCAAUUAAUAUAAACACUCUCUAUCAUACACAUACACACAUUCACACAAACAGCAACAAUAAGAACAGCAACAGCAACAAAAACAACAGCAGCAACAACAUCCUUCUCAUGAGCACUAAAUUUCAUAUAAAUAUGAAUGGAAAAUGUUCAUGGAAGAAAAGAGAAAGAUCGAUUUAAAUGGAAAACGACCGUUGUCAUAGGAAAUACAUUCUGAAGAAUAAAUACCAUUUGGUUGUUCGGUUGGGCUCAUUAUAACGGCUGUUGACUACGAACGCAACCGUUAUGUUGAGCUUUUUUUGCCCUCUGGUCGCUCUGACUUAUGGAAAAUGUAUGUGGCAUUAAAUGGUUCUUUCUUUUUCUCUCUCCAUCAUCUCAUCUAUUUUCAGAGUAAAAAUAAAAAGUUUGUUUGUCCAACAUUUAUCUUCAAAUAAAUACUUUUUAUAAUCACAAUAAAUUCAAUAUCGAAUUUUGCGUAACACACACACACACACACACAUUCACACACUAAAACAAUUAAAUCAUACUUAUAUUCAUAAUUCCAAAUGUCCAGCUAAAAUCGUAUAAAGAAAAUUGUAUUUAUAACUGUGCAGAUUUUGAUUCAUUGAGCAUAUAAAUUCCGCAUUUUAUUCGCCCUCAAUCCUCCGCCACCCCCUCAUUUCCAAUUAUCAAUCAAAUACGAAGCAUAAGUUGUAAUAAUAUUCAUUUCUGUAUUGUGUACAUAAAUGUAAGUACGAUGUGUUUGGCCUGUUUCAUUUCAUUCAAUUUCAGUUUUUUUUUCCUGGUCGGUUUUCGUUCAUUCGUUGGUUACUUUUCCGUUUGUGUUUUUUCUUUUCAUUUCUGGGUUCACUUCUUUCUGAUUGUGUCGUCUCUUUUUUUUCGUUGUGUUUUUAUGACUUUGUUUGUACUUUGGCCGAAAUGAAAUUGAAACCAAAUUUGGUGUGUCAGCUGCAUCAAUUUUCAGUUUCAAGCAUGUGAAUGAACUUUUGUUUUCGUUGUUUCAAACAAAAUGUCAUCUAAUUGCGUUUUAUUUGAUUUAUUGAUUGUCGCCGCAAUUUUUUUUCCCCAUCCUCCCCAUUCAAUCUCUCUCUCUCUCUCAUUCUCACUCUCUCUAUACAUAUAUAAUAACUAUAAAUAUAUCUGAGCAUCUAAACCACCAAAAAUGAAAUUAAAGUAUCAAUAAAAGAAAACAAAAUAACAAUUGCAUAUUUAUUAAGAAAAGGAAACAAUUAUGAUUGUAAAAAUAAAUCUCUAUUAUGAAUGUUAUAAAAAGAAGAAAAAAAAGAACAAAUGUUAAUUAUAGCGAAAUAAACAAAUGGAACUAAUUAAGUAAAGUGCAAAUGUAUUUUGAAGAUGCGGUUUGGACGAAUGGCGCGGUUUUGUGUACGGUCAACGCGCCAUAAGGAUAACGCGCGAUAAGAACAUGCAGUGUGUGUCUGUGAUGGUCGUAUGCAACUCAGCUUUCAACGAGACACACACCAUUAUGCUUACUUACCUAUGUCAAAUAUACGAUAUAGCGCCAAUGCGCAUAGGUCAUAUUUAUCUUUGAUCAAUACUUACGACAAUUCGAACGAAUUUUUAUCAUUUCAAUUUUAUGUUGACGCACGUGGAGUGGGUGUAAAGUGUACACAGUACAUGUCCUUUUAUCUAAAUCCAAUUUCACUAUCAAUAUAUGUGGUGUCGAUAAAAAAAAGGCAGCCAGUUGUCAAGCAAAAGAGAAUUCUACCGUACAAAUGGAUCAAUCAUUCUUUCAUCGCUAUCAAGAUUGAACAAUUCAUUUGGCAAAAUUGUAUUUAUCAUUUUUGUUACUUUGUUUGCAUUUAUUCACAAUCGCUUCUUUUGAUUUUUUCUAGCGUUUUUUUUUUUUUGUUAUCAUUUUACAAUUUAUUUUUGUUGUUGUUGUUUUCAUUUUUUAUAAUUCUAAUUUGGUGAACACUUCUCGAAUUGAAAUAGUUAAUUUCCUAUCUAACAACGACACUUAAAAAAUUCAGUUUACAGUUUCGAGUUUGAAAUCAAGAAGAAAAUAGAAGAAAAAAACAAAUUAGACUUAUAAAAAAAAGUAAAAGUUUCAGUUUGAAAUCGGGUAUUUUUCUAAAAACAAAAA